ACUUUAUGGUGGCAGUUCUGUGGAGACCAUUGCGCGCGCAACGUGUACGCUCCAGUGAUGGCGUGUUUUGCUGCGUGAAAUCCCCAAUUGGGACAAAAUGUUCAUAUAAAAUUGUCGGAAUAAUAUUUCAAAUGGUGGAAGUUUAUAGUGACGAUUUGUGGUAUAGUUAACACAUCCUCGGUUCCUCAAAAUGGAGUUAAAACUACAUUCACCAGCGGGCGCUGAGCCUGUGUUAUAUACUUGGCCGUUAACCUCGGGUCGAGGAAAUGAUAAACAUGAUGGAGCCCUUGAAAUUGUAGAAACCAUUAGGUGGGUAUGCGAAGAUUUGCCUCAACUAAAACUGCCUUUGGAAAACAACAUUCUCUGUGAUUACGAUACAAGGAGCUACGAAAGUAUGAAAUCUCUGUGCGAUCGAUUUAACAGAGCCAUUGAUAGCGUCGUAGCCCUGGAAAAGGGAACGUCACUGCCAGCUCAAAGAUUAAGCAAGUAUCCAUCUAGAGGUCUACUUCGCCACAUACUUCAACAAACAUAUAACGCAGCUGUAACAGAUCCCGAGAAAUUAAAUCAGUAUGAGCCGUUUUCACCCGAAGUCUACGGAGAAACGUCUUACGAUUUGGUCUGCCAAAUGAUCGACCAAAUUGACAUCACAAAAGAAGAUGUGUUUAUUGAUUUGGGUUCCGGAGUGGGACAGGUCGUACUGCAAAUGGCUGCAGCUACGCCCUGCAAAAUUUGCCUUGGCAUAGAAAGAGCAGAGGUUCCAAGUCGCUAUGCUGAGGCGAUGAACAGACACUUUCGUACUUGGAUGCAAUGGUAUGGUAAAAAGUAUGGUGAUUACAAGCUCAUCAAGGGGGAUUUUCUGACUGAGGAACAUCGCGAGAAAAUUAACCAGGCAACUAUAGUAUUUGUGAACAACUUUGCGUUUGGGCCGUCUGUGGAUCAUCAGUUGAAAGAGCGAUUUGCGGAUUUGAAAGAUGGAGCAAGGAUAGUGUCUUCCAAAAGCUUUUGCCCAUUGAAUUUUAGAAUAACUGACAGGAACUUGAGCGAUAUUGGCACCAUCAUGCAUGUCUCAGAAAUGUCUCCCAUGAGAGGUUCCGUUUCCUGGACUGGCAAGCCUGUAUCUUAUUAUCUGCAUAUAAUAGAUCGUACAAAGCUAGAACGCUACUUCCAGAGGUUGAAAAAACCACAGCUUAAGAAUGGAGAAGAUGAGAACUCCAACUCUAAUAGCAACAAUGGCAGAGGUGCUCGGGAAAAAGCAAAACGGGAUUUAUCAAAACAGCUGGUGGCAGAUUCAACAUCUGAUUCGGAUUUUGAUGAUCAGGAUAGCAACUAUGGUCCCACCACUAGGAAAGCUUGGUCCGAUUAUUGCUCCAAUAAAGGCAAAAGUAGUCAGUCUGAGGAAGAAAGUUCCAACUCCAAGUUCAAACGUCAACCGAAGAAAUUGCGUCGAAAGAUUAUUAGGGGCAAGCAAGGUCCAAACCAGCAAGAUAAACAGAAUCUGAAGGCAACCGCUAAACCCAGGCGUGGCAGAGUAAAGAAAGCCAAACCAAAGAAGGCAAUCAAGAUCAAUGGCUUGGAUCUUCUCCACAGUGAAACUCUAUUGAGCACUUCACCUCAAGCUAUAGGCAAGAAGCUGCCUCCAGCUCCAGGUUGUGUAGACCAGCAGUUAACAACAUUGAGCUCUGAUGUUAUUACACAUAAUGAGUUGGAUAUUCCUGCCGACCCAUCAGAGACACCAUAUGGGCUCCAAGUGCUUCUGGAUAUGUUCCGAGCUCAGUAUAUGCAAAUGUUAGGGCAAAUGAAAAAUUCAAAUUACAAGAAUACAGUAGAGGUUCAUAUCGAAGAAGAGAGAGAUAGGAACAAAAAACUUAGAAGCAGAGCUGCGCAGCUUGAAAAGCAAAUUAAAGUGCUCAUUGACGAUAGCGUUGCCCUCUUGAAGGCUCGUAUGAGUGAACUGGGAAUUAACGCAACUUCUCCGGUUGAUUUGCUUGCUAAAGCAAAGGAAAUUGUCUGUAGACACAAAGAACUGCAAGCAAAGGCGAGCAAGCUACAGGGGCAGGUUGCCAAAUUGGAAAAUGAAAAGGAUAAUCUUGCAAUGCAAAGAUCUUCGGAAAUUUAUGAAAAAUAUGUGGGCUUAGAUAGUUCAAAUGAGUUGUCACCUAGUCUGGCCCAGGAAUACAUUUUAAGGGAGAUUUCAUCAACUUUAUCUCAUAGGAAGAAGUUGCAAAGUGAAGUACAAAAAUUGGAGGCUGAUCUUGUAUCUCUGCAAAAGACCAGCGAGGAAAGAAAACAAUCCCAAGUGCUAAUGACCCCUAGGCAGCAACAAACGCCAGCUAAGGUUUCCCGAAAAUCUAGGGAAUACAGAGCACGCUCUCAAGAUUGGCCAGAUGUUCCAGACAUUGCAAAAAUUGAAGAGCAAAAUCCGGAGAUUUUGGCGCAAAAGAUACUUGAGACUGGUAGGAAAAUUGAAGCAAGCAAACUUUCAGGCGUUUCUAGUAAGAUUUCUUCCCUUCCUUCCAACAAAAAUGCCUCAACUGGUCAGAAACAAUUGGUUAGGAACAAUAUGCCAGCACCAUUGCCAGUCAAGAGGCAAAAGACGGGGCACAAUUAUUCACUACCUGUUGGUAACAGUAAUCCAGUUAACAACAUGUCUAAUGGUAGUGGCAAUCCUCAGAAACCCCAAGAAGCGCCUAGGAUUGCUAAUUUCGAAGAUCGUUUGAAGAGUAUAAUCACAUCUGUUCUUAAUGAAGACCAACAAAAUAGAACAAAACAAGGUCAAGCUCAGGUAAAUCAGAUGCAGUACAACAUGAACGUACACAUGACAAACACAUCGGCCCAACAAAUGCAGCCAACUGUUAAUUAUGGAUCUCAAUCCUCCUAUGUAUAUCCCAAUAAUUUUCCAACAAAGCAAGAAGAUAAGAGAAAGUAUCCAGCAAAAUAUGCAAGGAGUGAAACUGUGGUAAGACAACUGGAAGAGAGACAUUAUCCCCCUCCCCAUCAAGAAGGCUUAGCUGGUGUUAUGGAAUGUUAUCGCGAAGACUUAUCCGCAACUCCAAAAGUUUCUCCGCAUGUACCCCCCACUAAGCAGAUAGGUCCAGAUCAACCUGAUUACACCCAAGUCUCCCCUGCAAAAUUGGCUUUAAGGCGGCAUUUGUCUCAAGAAAAGUUGACAAAUCAGCAUUCAACUUUUAAUGCUCCAGAUGGAAUGGUGGCUACAAGAACCAUUGGUGACUUGGUUUCUGGAGAAAUAGAGAGAACGCUAGAAAUUUCAAAUCAGUCAAUUAUUAACGCUGCUGUAGAUAUGAGUGACAUUCAGAGUACAACUGUCACACCAAGGUCUGUUGUUAACAAUAAUAUUCCUCCCAGACCUGAGAGAGUAAACGUGAAAGUACCAAAUACUCCUGAGAUCAGUAAUCCACCUACUUCCAAGGAACCUAAUACUGAACCGCCUAGGCAAGUUUAUAGCCCCAUUUCAAGGCCUUCAUCGGCUGAAGGAGGUCUAGAAGGAUUGGCUUAUAUGCAUAAUCACAUCAAGCCAAGCUCGCAUCAAUACAUCCCCCCUCCCCAGCCGUCUCCAAGACAACAAUAUUCUCCAAGAACUACGGUACUAUUCGCUCCACAGCAGCGUUCUAUAAAUCCAGUAUAUCCAUCAAACGAGAUGUACACACCCUUGCCUAGGGCCGACAUAAAACCAUACCACGAGUCAUACUUUAGUGACAUCAAGCCGCCAAUUACAUCGUCUGUGAUCGAAACGGAGCACCGAACCGGUUUUGUUGCUGAAGGAUUAGCCGCAAGUUUGCAAGCGCGGGUAUUAGCUCCGCCCAUAAAAGAAGAAGUAGAUGCGUAUGACCGUAGGUCGACGCCUUAUGUUCCCGCCGGUACUCACCACGCGGAUCAAUCAGUUUCAAAUCGCACGGGGCCUAAUUCCGGAGAGAUCCAGGAAAGCAUUAAACUGCGAAAGUGCAACGAAGAUGAUGUAGAUGCGGUCGAAGAAGAAGGUGAAGAAGCAAAGUGGCAAGAUAAAAUUAGUUCAGGAUUUGAUCGUUUGGUCGCCUUUGCCUCCACGGAGUUAGAUAAAAGAAGAAGAUCAACCGAGGGUAGUGAUAGCUGUAACACUUCUCCAGAUUCCGGCAUUGGCCAUGGACAUAGUGAUAUACCACAUUCUGUAGUGGUGCCUCCUAAACAUGCUAUCAAGUUAAAUCCCAAUUCCAAACCUACACUGUUUAAAAUGCCCAUCAGCAAAACAUAUCUUGAUUCACCACCCAUUCUUGAUCAAACCGCCGACGAUUUGGGACCUCCUAGGACACCGUCACCCACUUCACCCAAUCCCUACAAUAUUCAUUUCAGUCCCGAGCCAAUUCCCGUAGAAAAAAGCCCUACCAGGCUAAACCCAGCGUUGCUAAAGUACCAAAGGUACCCAGAGGACAAGAAAAAACCUGACACCCAUUUUAAGAAAAAGUUUUAUUACCGGGAACAUUGGAGGGAUGACGAAUGGGCGAAGGUCGCCGAAGAAAGAACCGAACCUAUUAAAGACAGGUUUAGGCCUAAGGGUAAGGACUGGGAUUGGAACCGGGAUCACAUCAACCACAACAGUGACGUCCACAGCAACUCCCAAUUGUUAGGCAAUGAAUGGAGUAGGUCACAUGAUCCGUACAACUGGAAAAAUUGACCCUUUUUGAUGGAUUAUUAUUAUGGACAGUUGUGCGCCGAUUUCACACAGCAAAUGUCAGGAUGGUAUUAUCCAUACCCAUAUUACUUUUAGACUUGUAUAUUUAUCAAACGAACGAGUGGUGAUGUGUGUUGUUUUUAUUUGCUAGUUAUUUUGGCCCUAUUGCCACCAAAAAUUUUAUAACCUUGUCUUGUCUAAGAGUUGUAGCGAUAAGAUGUUUGGUAAAAACAGGUAGUUUUUCAUAUCCACCUGUAUGAGUAAAGAUUUUCUCGCAAUAUGUAUCAUAUAAUUAUAUACGUACAGAUUUUUAAAAGAUAUUUUGCAUCAUAUCUAACAAGUUGCGGCGGAAAAUUAACAAUUUUUUAUUUCUUGUUUUACAUUUUAAUGACUGUUAUUUAAUUGACUAUUAUUUAAUAUUAAGCGUAUUUUUUUAUAAUUGCAACACUUACUAAGGUUUUCUACCAUUUUUUCAAUCGUUUUUAUUUCUUGCUUAGAUAAAAAUCAUACGUAAUAUUUUUGUAUUUUCCUAUGCAAUUUCUCGAUAUAGUGCAAAAUAUAGAAACGACUGUUCAUAUUGAAUUUGCAAAAAUUCGCUAACUUUGCUAACAAUUUAGCAAGUGGUUUUAGGUAUUUGCGGUUGCAUUUGCAUCAGCUGCAAGUAUACCGAUCGACUGUAAGUUUUGUGUUCAAUAUAUUUAAUUGGCGUUUUAGGUUUUUUAUCACUCGUGUUGUAUAGGUAGGGAGGGAUGCUUAGACAAUUUUUUUUAUUGAUAUAAGUUUUUUUUUAUGAAAGCAAAAUAGUACAAAGUGUUUGUCUCUCUCUACCUGUAUAAAGUCAUUUUGGAGAUAAUAUUGUAAAACGGUAAAAUCUUUGUGGACGAUAAUAGUUCCUCUGCGGAUUUUAGAGUUUUUAUGAAAACUUAACCAAAUAGAAUUAUUUACCUGGUUUAGUUUACGAUGUGGUAUAAAUUUCAUUAAUUUUUUUUUGGGACUAGGGGAGGAGGUAUUUUUUUUCACAUUUUCGUAAAUUUAAAACCAGCUGGGACACCUUGUGCAUAACUUUUCAAUUAACGAUUUAUAUUUAUAUCACAUGCGCGUAAGUGUAAACAAAGUGGGAAUAAUAAUUUUAUUCGAAACGAACACUGCCUGAAAAUCAUCUCAUCACGCUUCUAAAUUAUUGGAAUAGCAUUUAAUUUAUUUAUUUUAUAAUUUAAAAUUGUUUCUUUAAAAAACAUUUGUAAAUACAUCUUCAAUUGAUUCGGAAUUAGUACAACUGUAUAUAGAGUAGCAAAUUAUGAAAAUUAGGUAAAUUAAUUAUACUAUUCCAGUUUUUGAUAUAAAAAGGCGCAAAUUAAUAAGUGAAGUUUUUCGAUAAGGGAACAAUUGGGUCCUUUAACUUAUUUUCUUCGUUAGUGAACAAAAUUGUCCAAUUAAUACCUUAUCUAACUUUAGUUAUACGGAAAUAUUAAAAAAACGAAUUUCUAAAUCUGCUAGAUUUUACUCUAUGCUUCUAACUUUAAGUUUCUAUGUUAUUUGAAGCACAAUUGGCAAUCUUUGAAAUUAGUUUCUUAAAAAAAAGUUAAGUGUCUUAUUACCGGAAAGGACAAUUUCAGAAUACCCAAAGUAAUUUGGAAAACACUUAAUUAAAUAUGCUAUGGUUUCGAAAUUAAGCGGAGCCUUCCCUGUAUAGUCGCAUGCACUGUUCUUGAACAUACAGUACGGUUUUUGAUGUUUUUAAUUGCAUUUUUUAAUUCUAGACUCGUGCUUUCGACUAUACAUUGAAAGUGGCAAAGUAUUUUUUUUCUUUUAUUGGUGAUACAUUCUCUUUACUUAUAUUGUUAUAGGUUUUAACUUAAUAAUUGCUAUUAAUUACGUUGUUAUCUUUUAUUAUAUUUAUGUUAUAGUCUAUUUUUUUAGCGCUAAUAUGUUACAAUUAUUUUUCCUGAGUUUUGUUUGUCAAAUUUUAUUUGACUUUUGCUUCACCCGUGAAAAAAAACUGGGCUAUUCUAUUAACGAUCGUCCUUAUUUUUUGCAAAACUGACUGCAUACACGCACCGAGAAAUUUUAAGAUUCAUGAAUGCUCCUGCACUUCGACACGGCAUUGGGAUUAGAUGGUUGAUUUGAUAUUUCAUCGAUCGAUGCGUCUAUUGCAUGAGAGUGUUCUCUCGCGACUGUUUCAUUAUUUCCCUAAACAGUAACACCAAAGCUUUUAUACGUGUUUACCCCCAAAUUAAAAUAAACUUCUACUUGACUGAUAAUGUAUAUUUCAAUGUUGUCAUUUUUUUUCGUCAAGUUUGAUACGGAAAACGUAGUAUUCUUGGAUUAUUAUUCCAGAGUACUUAAAUGUGAAUAAGACUAGGAAUAGAUUGUAUGUUUCUUUUAGUUAAGUCUGUAAAUAAUGGUAUCACUACUGCCAGUUAUUUAAUAAACACAUUGUACCAUU